UAUACAUGCGCAAUUUGUUUUCAGACUCUUGCAAAUGAUACAUUGAUAAAGGCUGUGGAAGCAGAAAGCGAGUAUUCAAGUAAUGUAAAUGAUGUUGUCAACGGGGUAUGUAUUGCCUUCUAGUUUGCUGAGCUAAACAUGAAUUUGUACGGUGCGUGUGUAAUGACGUUUACGGCAAACGUCAAACCGCUAGCGAAGUUUUUGAUUUUACAACUCUAUUACUAUAGCUUUUACACCAGUUUUGAAAUAUGUUAAACUUAUUAAACUUGUGCUCUUUAGCAAUGAUUUAAGAAAGCAAAUUAACCACUAUAUAGUCAUGCCAUUCACCAAAGCAGUAAAUUAAGAUUUGGCGUUUGAAGUUGACGUUUGGCGUAUAAAAGAGACCUUAAGAUUGACGUUUACGGCAAACGUCAAACCGCUAGCGAAGUUUUUGAUUUUACAACUCUAUUAUUAUAGCUUUUACACCAGUUUUGAAAUAUGUUAAACUUAUUAAACUUGUGCUCUUUAGCAAUGAUUUAAGAAAGCAAAUUAACCGCUAGUCAUGCCAUUCACCAAAGCAGUAAAUUCAGAUUUGGCGUUUGAAGUUGGCGUUUGGCGUAUAAAUUUCAUGCUUGAACUGCUACGACGGCUUCUAGUCGUUAAAGCAUGAAAUUUAUAUGCCAUGCAAACGUCAACUUCAAACGCCAAAUCUUAAUUUACUGCUUUGGUGAAUGGCAUGAUUUGUGGUUAAUUUGCUUUCUUAAAUCAUUGCUAAAGAGCACAAGUUUAAUAAGUCUAACAUAUUUCAAAACUGGUGUAAAAGUAUAAUAAUAGAGUUGUAAAAUCAAAAACUUCGCUAGCGGUUUGACGUUUGCCGUAAACGUCAAUCUUAAGGUCUCUAAAUUUGAUGCUUUAACGACUGCAAGCCCUCGUAGCAGUUCAAGCAUGAGAUUUAUACACCAAACGCCAACUUCAAACGCCAAAUCUUAAUUUACUGCUUUGGUGAAUGGCAUGACUAGUGAUUAAGUUGUUUUCUGAAAUCAUUGCUAAAGAGCACAUGUUUAAUAAGUUUAACAUAUUUCAAAACUGGUGUAAAAGCUAUAAUAAUAGAGUUGUAAAAUGAAAAACUUCGCUAGCGGUUUGACGUUUGCCGUAAACGUCAAUCUUAAGGUCUCUAUUAUAAGCCUGUUGGUUUACAAUUUAGGGUAAGUUUCCAUUUUGUUACCUACAGCACACGUAAAAACAUCAGAUCAGCAAACAAGGUUGUUGUCAAGCCGUUAUUGGGAUGUGUUCCCAUUGCAUGUUCCCAGUUGUUGUGACAAGUCUGGAACAAGUUGUUAUCGCCUUGUUACAAGGUUGAUGAUGGUAACAGAUUUGCUUCAAGUUGUUCCAACAAGAAUGACAAAGACUGUUCACAACAAGUUGCUACGAGCUUCAGAGGGCGAAAAUUUGGUGGAACUGGGGAACAAGGUUCCCAGAAAAUUUUGGCCAAUUUGUUAUCUCGCAGAAAAUUUUGCAGAUACACGCGUUUCAUAUUCAGCAACUGGAUCCAGCAUAAUCUGGUAGGGGGUGCUCUGCCAGUUCUGGUGCCGAGUUGUGUCAGUCAUGUGUGCCGCCCGCCCAUCAACUUGCUUCACUACUGCAAAGUCUUACUUGACUACAGUAUUUGAAUUGUAAUUGUUGCUCACAGUUCGCUUAUCAUCAUGUUAUUACUCAAAUUACUGUAUAUCAUUUUGUGUCUAAUAAUUAUUUUUUGCUUUAUCAUGAAAAAUAGCACUCCCUCUGGCCAGGGCUAGGGGGGGGGGUGCGCCCCCCCCCCCCAGUAAAUCCAUCCCUGUUUUGCGCUCUCAUUUUAAAAAUUUAAUGGACUUAAUACAUGACUAAUGUACAGUACAAUUUUAUUUGGUUCCCAGAUAAUAGAUAAAAUAUGUUUUCGCCCUAUGACGAGCUGGUUGCAUGUCAUUAACUUCUUAACAACUUGUUACGUGAAUGUAAUUUCUCAUUUGUUGUUAUUUUAGUCAGUUCGAACGUUUAACGGCGAAAUUUUGGGCUAUAUUGACCAAACUUCGGCUUGGGCCGUAAAAUCUGUAAGUAUACAAAUUAAUAUCACAAGGUAGUGUUGGUGGGUGCACGAUAGCACCGGAACAGGGUACAUCAAAAAAGGAUAGCUUGCUGGUUGAAUGUGUGUGUCGGUUGAAUGUGUGUGUUAAAGUGCCUAUAUGCGAGAAUUUUUUAUGAUUGAAUUGCAAAGAUCAUAAUGUACCUUUUUUUCUAAAACUUUGUUAUCUUCCCUGUAUAUGAAGAUAUUGGACUUUGUUUGGCAUGCAAAUAUGACUUAAAUGAUGUCACACUACAUAAUGUGUCUGGGUCAUCCAGGGGCUUCCACUUCCAAAGCCAGCCCCCGACAAACAUACCACUCUCAUGGCUCGCAGUUCCCUGCAACCAAGCCAUCAGCCCCCACACCAGGCCCAAGCACCUGUCACACUGACUGGGUCAGUGAAAAAAGAAAUAAAUAUAUAAAUAUUAAAAUAAAUAAAUAAAAACCAACUUUUUGCUUAAUAACUUAGUUAAAUUGCAUUUAACUGCAUUAAAAAUUUCUUGCAUGGGCACUUUAAAUAUUGAAUGCACUGAUUAAAUUUUUCAUAUUAAUAGAUUGCAGUUUUAUGUAACUGUUGAAUUUUUUUUUAAUAUUUAUUCAUGACUAUAUGUAUUAGACUUUAAUAGGAAAGCGAUUGGUAUUAUACUUUUUAACUACGUAGAUACAUGUGCGGCGUGUGUUUAGGUUGGAACUGAUCUUGGUCGCUGCAGAAUUUUAACUGAUGUUUACGAUGCUGUAAUCAACUUGGUUUGUCGUGAUACAGUAUACCCAUUUGUAAGUAAAUUAUAACAUUCCUCUAAAUUACCCAUCGUAUGUACUUUUGUUUUGGAUUGCUCACGUAUACUCCUUUCACACGGCUUUAGGUGUCAAGAACAAUAACACCAAUUCGAGGCUCAAUGCAAAGUUAUUGCUAUAGAAACAUUACAAUUUAUCGCGAAGGCUAGUUCUCAGGCUACUGUUUGUGGCGGCAUUCGACCGUAACUCGGAAGUGGCCUGUUGGAAAGCGUUGAUAAAUUGCACGGUUUUACCUCGCGUUCACACACGAACCUCAUGAAAGUAGCACGAGUGGAAAAAAUAGGCAAGCAUGCGAGUACUGCUCGCAUGAAAUGUUAAACAGCUGCAGGAAAUUCGUUUUUGUUUGAAGCGGAUUUGCAACUUGAAAAUUUAAAGGAAACCUAAGACGCAUGCCCCACUAUUGGCCCAGCAACUUAUGGUUGACAGACAUCAUUCCUUCAAUUUAAAACCAUGGUCAGUUAGAACACUAUAUAUGUUUAGGCACAGAUUUAGCACAAAAAUACUCAGUUGGUCUGCAAGUUGUGCCUCCAGGUUGUGCCUCCAGUUUUGUCUCCAGGUUGUGCCCCCAGAAAGAAAAGUCUUUUUUUCUGCCCUGGAACCCGGAAGGAUUCGAGCACAGUUUGAGAGCGCAAUUCGUAUGGACAAGUGGAAGCAGUCUAAUGGACCUAUUCCUUAUUCCCUACCGCUUUCUGAAAAAAGGUAUCAAUUUCCCGCGCGUAAUACAAAAUGACUGAAAAACGGCAAACUUCGCAGGGCUAUAUCCGCAUUUUAAACAUUUCGCAACGAAACUUCGUAAUAUUACUAAUUUUGUGAUGCUCUUUCAAGCUGUGAUGAAAUUUUUGUCUAGACUUGUCUAGAUCAAAAUUUUGUUCAUUAGGGAAUAGGGUCCAUUCGUGUCUGGUUUCGAAUCCGUCCGGUCUCGUGAGAAUGUAGUCUAUUAAAAAGUUGAAUUACCGUGAAAACCAUAGAGAUUAUAAAUAACACUAGAGGAGGCAUUGUAAUCUUAAUUCCUUAAUUACUAUUGGGGGGCAAAUUCAAGUCCCGGAUGUGUAUUCGUGUUCCCAUUGGUGACGAGUUUCAAAUCAGCCAAUUAGAGUACGAUUUUAUAUCCGGGACUUGAAUUUGCCCCCCAUUAGCCGCGUUCCCAAUUUUUAAACUCGAUGCCUCCUCUAGUGUUAUUUAUAAUCUCUAUGGUGAAAACCACAGGUGUUUCAAGAUGGCGUCGUUAUUGUCGAAAUUGUCAAUUGCUUGUGCACAAUGCAAAUUGUGCAUAAAUUUAAGAAUUGGUAAAUUCUCACGCCAUCAAACGAAGUAACCAGCUUUAAAUCUAAAUUACAGAAUGGCUACUGGUUCUCUAUUGGCUUCUGUCUGUUCUUUUACAUCCCAGCUAUCAUUCUGAGUGUUAAAUUGGCCAAACAUUACAGGAGAAUGAGAUUUGAAGAAGGAUUUGACAGACAUGGCGACGGGUAUGUGUAGAUUAGGUUUUUAACGGGACGAUAUUUAGUGAUAAGUUGCAAAGUAUAUUGCUUCUGUGAUUCAGGUGCAUUUAUUAUUUUUAAACUGUUACCAAUUGUAUUCAUUUGGUAUUCUCUCGCGAAAUAUUUGGGGAUUAGCCCGCCUGCAUAUAACUACCUUUUGUAGCCGGAAAUCUUAGUUUUUCCAACUUUUUUGUGCAAUAAGGUUCAUACAAUAUUUAGCUUAAUUUGUAGCCUAACAAUUAUUUUAUGGUUGGGAAAUUAAUGUGACACAGUUAUUCAGCAAUCAUGCCCUCCCCCUCCCCUAGUGUCUGCCAUUGUGGGGAAACAAUCCCCCUAAUAGGAUAUAUUGCCUUUGGAAACCGAAACAUUCGUUGCCUCAAAUGAGCCAUUGCCAACUCUUUGACCUUCAGUUGAUAGUAUAAACCAACUAUAAUAACUUCUUAUUGACCUCAAAAUCUUCACUUGGAUCAAUUUCAGUCUAAUUAGCCAUUCCGAAGUUGAUGAGUGGACUGGGGACGAGCGUUAAAGAGUGCCCAAAUUAAGAAUUGAACCAAAUCACUAAAAAGACUACCUCAAAAUUAGUAAGUAUACAAAGUUUGACGACGUUUACAUGAAUAUCCUUCGAAUAAUAAGCUUUCGAAAAUGGUGAUAUUUACUAUGAAAUGUAUUAUAAUUUUUGUCUUUGGGACGCGCGUCCCAAAAACAAUCUUUCAAUCAGUAAUUUCACAAUUUUCGAAAGCUUAUUAUUCGAAGGGUAUUCAUGUAAACGUCUUCAAACUUUGUAUACUUACUAAUUUUGAGGUGGUCUUUUUAGUGACUUGGUUCAUUUCUUAAUUUGGCCACUUUUUAACACUCGUCCCCAGUCCACUCAUCAACUUCGGAAUGAAGAUACUGUAUACUAAGGCUGGAUGAAACGUGGGCGUGAGUGUAUGAGAGUUGGCGGUCACGUGACCUUGGUUAGCUGUUCUUAAUGCUUUCCCAACACUAUUUGAUGAUGAUGAUAAACUUUAUUUAACCACGCUUAUUAUUAGCAAGACAGAAUUACUGGAUGCUGAUUGGUUGAGAGGAGUACAAUUAUUUCAUUAAUUGUACUCGCAUGCAGUACAAUUAAUGAUUUUCCCAAAACAAACAAAAUGGCGGAAAGGUAUUUUAAACACAGAUGUGAAAUGAAAUUGCCGUGAAGGAACUAUAUGAAAAUACGAACAAAAGCACCAAAUUUUGGUUGAAAGUCUGGCAGAACUGGGCUUUGGCGAGAGAAUAUGAUGUUUACAUUACACGUAUCCAAUUUUGUCAUGCUAAUAAUAAACAAGUAAUCAUACGAUGUUGCUUGUACAAUUAGGGAUUAAUAGUACUCGUGAUGUUUGGAAAUUUGCCAAAUUGGACUCGCCCCGGCGGCUCGUCCAAUUUUGGCAAAAUUUCCAAACAUCACUCGUACUACUAAUCCCUAAUUGUACUCGCCAUCGCAUGAUUACCUAUACUAAUAUUGUCAGCUAAAGCUGGUUUCCACAAUGGGCGUGUGAACAAAAGUAAAUUUACAAGAAAAAAAGAUAAAGGUAGUAAGAAAAUACAUGCAUAUAUGUGAAAAAGAAAAUAUACUAUAUAAUAUACGUUAGUUUACUAUUUACAUUCAUGCUUUAGUAAGAAUGGGUAGCGAUUUUCCUUUCGAAAAUUGAUAGCGUUUUGCUUCCUCUAAUAAUUUCUGGCAAAGAGUUCCAUAUGACAGCUCCGUCAUACAUGAAACUCUUUUUUAAACUGUUCGAACGUGGCUUUGGCAACCGUAAUGUGGUUGAGCUGUCACGGAGAUUAUGAUUUAAUAUUUCAUUUUUGAAAAUGAAAGUCUUUGAGGCAAUUUAGCCCCCAUAUUAUGAAGUAUCUUAAACAUCGUUUUGGCUUUAGUUUUUGUGGUUAGCCUGCGCAUGCGCAGCUAUAUGACGCUAUAACAAUUGACAAUCCUAUAGGCUAACCACAUGUACGCAAGCGUACCUAUUUUUAAUCGUUGUUCUUUUAAUGUUUUCCAUCCUAAUAAAUCCAAUAAAAAAAAUGUCUCCAAUAAAAAAAAUGUCUCCAAUAACAAUGCGUGACUGUUAACUCUCGUCAACUCUCAUAUUUGUUUGACCAGAUUCGUUAGAAACGUAUUGGUAUUAAUAGGUGGAAUUGAUACGUUUAUUAACUACUAAUACAUGUUAUAUUUCUUUUAGAAUGGAAAUGGCUGACAGGUAAAAUGCCGUUCUUCAUGUAAUAAAAAUACAAACUUAAGUAUGUCUUUUCAUGAAAAGGCUUUGGUACAGCUAUAGCCUGCAAAACAGGCGUUUUAUUUGAAACGCGUGGGGUCUCCACAUAAAACACCUGCUUUGCAGGCUAGUUUACAGGUAAGGCUUAGCUAACGACGAACCUUCGAAAAAUGAUCCUGGUAUAUAUACUGUCUAACCGAGUCCGUGAUAUUAAUGAUAUCUCUUUAUUUUCUCUCUCCAGAAAUAAAGUUUGGCAUAACCAGGGGUAAAAGUUUUAUACUUAUUUAAACUUUUUAUUCUCCCAACUAAUCAGCUCGACAAAUAGAGAGAAAUUAUUAAAUAUACACCUAUAUACCGUGAUUUAUGGACUAUGAAAUUAAGUGUUAAUUACUGUUGAUCAGCGUGUGCAUAAUUUAGGCGUAAAAAAAAUACCUGUGGUUCCGGUUUCAUAUCGUGAAAAAAAUAGGGUCGGUAGGUCGGAAAUAAUUUUUUUUUUGAAUAUUUUUUUCAUGGUUUUGGCGGGUUUUUGCUGGGCGAUUUUCAGUAGAGUCCCGACAUCAAUGUUAACUAGAGAUGCGUAUUUCCUAUGGACGAAUUUAGGCAAUUUGGUUCAAUAAUUAGCGUGACAACAGACGCCAUUUUGGCACGCUGUAUGAGCAACCCGCAACCACCUGGAGAAAAUAGGGUCGCACGGUCAAUCACGUUGAAAAAAUAAUAGGGUCGGUCGGGAACCGGAACCACAGGUAUUUUUUUUACGCCUUACAAAUGUUUUCUCUCAGUUAACUGUCAGCGCAUUGACAGAAUCAUUGAAUAUCAGGUCUGGCAAAAAUCUUUUAUUCAAUCAAUUACACACGUAAAAAUCUCGCAACCUGUCACCAACGAAAGCUUGUAAAUCAACAAAUAUGUGUUGUGAUUUCACAUUCAAGAGCCCAAUAUAUAAAUCAGUAAUUUGUGCAAUAAUGCAUGCGCUUUCAUCAAAUGUUUAAAGGUGAUCUACAGUCCGUGUGUAAACAAAGCCUUUGUUUACAUUUUUGUGUCCAAAAUAUUGAGCUUUAUUCGACAACUAUUUAAAUUGUCAAGCUUCCAGAGUAUAAUAAAUGAUCAAGAAACAACAAUUAGGCUUUUCAAGAACUCAAAACAUAGUUAAACUGUUUGUAUCAUAAAAAGUGGGCUCAUUUGUGCACAUGCGCAGAUCGGACUGUAGAUCACCUUUAAUGACUAUACACGCGUAAAAACGCACAGCUUGUAACAAGUCUGCAAACAAGUUGUUACAAGUCUGUUCACAAGCUGUCAACAAGUUGUGUUCGCACUGCUUGUUCCCAGUUUGUUGUAACAAGUUUGAAACAAGCUGUUAACAACUUGUAACAAGCUUGAUGGCAGACUUGUCACAAGACUGUGCUAAUAAGUUUGUUACAGCCAUGAUAUAACAAGGAUGUUACAAGGUUGACGACACAAGGUUGUAACAAUACUGCUAUAUCAUACUGUAUCGGACUUGUUGAAACAACCUUGUAACAAGCCUGAUAAUAUCAACAAGGUUGUUGUUACAAAUUGUUAACAGCUUGUUCCAAACCUGUUGACAACUUGUGACAAGCAGUGCGAAUAUAUCUUGUCGACGGCUUGUUGGCAGACUUGUUACAAGAUGUGAGAUUUUUGCGUGUGUAAUGGAAACAGGUCCCAUUUCACUAUUUUAAUUUAUAAUCCAUAAGACGUUAUGUAAAAUUAUAAUAAUUUCUCCAUAUCUCUUUAGGAACUCUGUUUAUCCAAGGUAAACGCGCAAAGAUGAGAAGAAGAGAGAAUAUUUGUUAAUACAAGGUGCCCUUUAUACGAUGAUAUAAUAAUUAUUUGUAGAUGGGCAAAGAAGUUUUAAUAGGCUUGAGAAACACAUUUUCGUAUUGAUUUUUAAUACGUACAGUAGAUAGUUUGGAUUUCGAUGUAGUUGUGUCAUUGACAUCCUUUGAACCACCAGCCGUUUCAUUACCAAGGUAACCCUGCUUAACUUUGGCUAUUCCUUUUGACAUAAUAUAGGUUAUUGUAAUGUCACUCAGCAAUGUAAACUCAGUGGCGUAGCCUGCAGGGUGUUGUGGGGGUGGGACUUGUGGGGGAGGGACACAGAACACGAGCAUCAAUGACGCGAGGAUUCUACAAUCUUGGACAAAACCCUUGAGACCAUUCCAGCCUAUAUUACAACGUUAUUGAACAUUGACAAAACAAACUUUGUCUCCCCCUCCCCCCCCCCCAGUUCAAUGUUGUGAACAACGCCGAAACAACUUUUGGUAAUAUACCAUGAUACAAGCUCAACAUUGAGUUGGGGGAGCGGGGGUUUAAGAAGGGCAACAUGAUUCAUCAUGGAGUUUAUCAUAAAAAUAUGUGAAUUUUCUAUAGGGGGGAAUAGUCUCAACCAGUUAUGUCCAAGAUUGUAGCUGCAUCCGGGGGCAUUCUGCCCUGGAGGAAUUUUGUAUUUCUAUAGGGUCUGUAGAACUGCAUUUCUCUCAUUCUGAGAGGAAUCAGAAGAAAAUAUUUUAUGGAUUUCAACUUUUCACCAGGACAGUUUUGGAUAUCAUUGUGGGCAGGGGCUUCCCCCCGUUGGCUACGCCACUGCUUAAACCAGAUUUUAUGCCCGUGUUUAUCGUCCUCUUGCCAACUAUCUUGAAAUUUUGAUAGCAUGCUUAAUAUAUCUUUUGGCAAUGGUACAAAGAUUUACCACUUCAAUUUUACCCCUUGGCUGAACAUGCAGUACGUAACAGGAAGACAAUUAUGAAAGUCCGCAUUCUCUGCAUUAUUGAAACGUAUAUAUCUCAAAAGUCAAAGACAAAGACAGAAACUUUAUCCACUUGAUAAGAUACACAUAUUUUAGCAAUGGAAGUCAGACAACGUUGACAGCCAAUAAAUUCUCGAAGAUAAAAUUUGCUCUUAUUAAAAAUAUGCCGCUUUUUACUCGGGCAUAUUUUACAAACUUUAAAUGUGCAAGAUUCUGAAACACUUUGCUGUAAAACUUAAAAUCGAAACCAAAAAAAUGGACAAUGCCGGUCCAGGGACGUAUGUAGAUCAUUGUAUAGCCAGGCAAGUGGGCUGCAAACCGAAGUACCUGCGAACAGGCGGUGUGUGUUAUUGUCUCAUUGAGAGCUUGCGGAAUGUAACUGAAAUGAUAUCUUCGGCUAUUUACCAAAGAUAUUACUCCAUUAAUUUCAUAGAGUAGAGACACACAUGAUUUAAAUACAAUAGUUUGCAGUGUAAUAAUACUGUAUAUAUAGAAUCGUAGUUUUGAAUGGUUUCUGUAUUAAUAUGUAGAUUAGUUUACAGACACAGUACAAUGAAUGUUGUUAAUUCAUCACAAAUUUUAUUAUUGAUAAAAAGAAUAACAAACUCGUG